GCACUCUGCAAGCACAUUCCCAAUUUCCCAGUCUGUGACGUAACAGUGAGAAAUAAAUCCACGGCGGCGACGGAAAAUUCGCGUCGACGGCGACAACGGAAGGCGUGCCGUGUGGUAUCGUCUAUAAGCACUUCUCGUUUCUUUUCCUCCCGAUUCCCUUCACGGCUUCACCAAAAAUUAGCAUUACUCCAACAAGCAAAGCAAGCGGAAAUUAGCGGGGGUAGCUUGUUUGAAAAUUAAGCACUGUUUGAAGGGAAAACCGAAACCGUACGGUUUGGAAUCCUAGUUAUAAAAAGCAGCAUUUGGUGUUUUCUGGCCGAGAGAAGUCGGAGGAGGAAGCAAAGAUGAAGCGGAGGGAGAUUCUGGCUGCGGCGGCGUGUUUCGUCGUGGCGGUGGCUGCUGCGGCGACGACGGCUUUGGGAGCAAACGUGUCGUACGAUCACAGAGCUCUGGUCAUUGAUGGCAAGCGGCGGGUGUUGAUCUCUGGCUCCAUUCAUUACCCACGCAGUACACCUGACAUGUGGCCGGACCUUCUGCAGAAAUCCAAAGAUGGAGGCGUGGAUGUGAUCGAGACCUACGUUUUCUGGAGCGGACACGAGCCAGUCCAAAAUCAGUAUAAUUUCGAAGGGAGGUACGAUCUAGUCCAAUUCAUCAAGUUAGCAGCAAAAGCUGGGCUCUACGUUCAUCUCCGCAUCGGUCCAUAUGUCUGUGCUGAAUGGAACUAUGGGGGAUUUCCUCUAUGGCUGCAUUUCAUUCCGGGAAUCCAGCUGCGCACUGAUAAUGAGCCAUACAAGGCUGAAAUGAAGCGAUUCACGGCUAAAAUUGUGGAUUUGAUGAAGAAGGAGAAGCUCUAUGCAUCUCAAGGAGGUCCAAUUAUAUUAUCACAGAUUGAGAAUGAAUAUGGCAACGUUGAUUCUGCUUAUGGCCCCGCGGCUAAAACCUACAUCAACUGGGCAGCAAAAAUGGCCGUGUCUCUCAACACAGGAGUGCCAUGGGUCAUGUGCCAGCAAAAGGAUGCUCCCGAUCCCAUUAUCAACACCUGCAAUGGCUUCUACUGUGACCAAUUCACCCCAAACUCCAAUAACAAACCAAAAAUGUGGACUGAGAAUUGGAGUGGAUGGUUUCUUUCCUUCGGCGGUGCUGUGCCCUACAGACCCGUGGAGGACCUUGCAUUUGCCGUGGGGCGCUUCUUCCAGUUGGGUGGGACUUUCCAGAAUUAUUAUAUGUACCAUGGUGGGACUAACUUCGGCAGGACUUCUGGUGGACCAUUCAUCUCCACUAGUUAUGAUUACGAUGCCCCUCUGGACGAAUAUGGCCAACUUAGGCAACCAAAAUGGGGCCACCUGAAAGAUCUGCACAAGGCCAUAAAGCUCUGUGAAGAUGCCUUGUUAGCAACUGACCCAGCUACAACUUCUCUGGGCUCAAACGUGGAGGCAACUACUUACAAAUCCGGUUCUGUUUGUGCUGCCUUUCUAGCAAAUACUGGUACAUCUGACAAGACUGUAACUUUCUCGGGCAAUUCGUAUAAGUUGCCUGCAUGGUCAGUCAGCAUCCUACCGGACUGCAAAACGGUAGCGUUUAAUACUGCAAAGAUAAAUGCUGUCACAGUGGUUCCCAGCUUCACUCGUGAAGCGAUCGAUGGUGACUCUGACUGGAGUUGGAUAGAUGAGCCAGUUGGUAUCACAAAGGAUGACGCAUUUACGAAACCAGGACUUCAAGAUCAGAUAAACACCACCUCUGAUCAGAGUGACUACUUGUGGUACUCGUUAAGGUACAUUAAUAGUGAAGAUGGUGCUGGAUCCCAAAUUGAUGUGGAAUCACUUGGCCAUGUCCUUCAUACUUUUGUAAAUGGAAAGUUGUCUGGGAGUGCAACAGGCAAUAGUAACAAUGCUAAGGUUUCUGAAGACGUUCCAGUCACGCUUGUGGCUGGAAAGAACACUAUUGAUCUCUUGAGUGUGACAGUGGGACUUCAGAAUUAUGGAGCAUUUUUUGACCUGAAAGGGGCCGGAAUUACUGGCCCUGUAGUAUUGAAGCUGAAGAAUGGUUCCGCUAUCGAUCUCUCUUCACAGAAGUGGACAUAUCAGGUUGGACUCAAAGGAGAGGGAUUAGGCUUGUCUAGUGGAGAUUCUGCACAGUGGGUUUCUCAGUCGUCCUUACCUACAAUGAAACCUCUAGUAUGGUACAAGAGGAGUUUCAACACACCAGGUGGUGACGGCCCUCUAGCAAUCGACUUCACCGGGAUGGGUAAGGGUGAGGCUUGGGUAAAUGGACAAAGCAUUGGACGUUAUUGGCCCACUAAUAUAGCACCGAGUAGUGGUUGCACCGACUCUUGCGAUUACAGAGGAAGUUAUGGUGCAAACAAAUGCCUCAAGAACUGUGGGAAGCCUUCUCAGACAUUGUACCACGUGCCCCGUUCAUGGCUGAAAUCAACUGGAAACACUCUAGUACUGUUCGAGGAGAACGGUGGAGACCCAACAAAGAUAGCAUUCGCCACGCCCCAGGUUGGAAGCCUCUGCGCACAAGUAUCAGAGACUCAUCCAUCGCCAGUACACAAAUGGAGUUCAGAUCUACGUGCACAAACUAAAUCAGGACCUGUGCUAUCUCUAUCUUGCCCACACCCAAACCAAGUGAUUUCCUCAAUCAAGUAUGCAAGCUAUGGCACCCCUCAGGGAACCUGCGGGAGCUUCAACAAUGGACAAUGCCACAGCCAGAAUACUUUAUCCAUUGUGCAAAAGGCUUGCAUCGGAUCAAAGAACUGCAGCAUCAAAGUAUCGAACAGCACGUUUGGUGAACCUUGCGGCCUAGUUCGAAAGAGUUUGGCUGUGGAAGCUUCCUGUACAUAAUAAGAGAACUAGAUUGUGUUCUGCUGAAAAGUAAUUCACUUAAUUACUUGUUCCCUAAGGAAGAAGUGCGCCAUUCAAUAAGCCUUCCGCCGCUGAUCUUCAUUAACUAGAGAUUGGCAGAAAGGAAAGGGCAUAGACAGAUUGUGUAUUCUAGGGCUUGCUUCUCAAUUGGAUAUUGAAAAAAUAUGAAUGCUGCAUAUUACAAAGAUACAGAGUGAAGGUCGCACAAAUCGAUCUCCUUGUCUGUAUUUAUUCACUCCCACUACAAAAUCACGCAUAUAUGGAUCCAUUAUACAUGUUCAUAACAACUGUUGCUCUUUACCCUUUUGUUAA